CAAACGCAGCAUAGCAACUGCCUCAAAUAAAAAUCCUCCAUUUUUUACCACUGUCCUAAAUGCGUCUUAACUUUGUCUUCGACUACGUCUCUAUUUCCUUACAUAUCUCUCACUCUUUCUCUCACCCAAUUUGCUCAGAGAAAAUGGACGCCAUAGAUUUAGUAGUGGAUCCGCUCAUAGAGUUCUCUAAGGACAACAUUCGACUCGUCAAGCGGUGCUGCAAUCCUGAUCGCAAGGAGUUCGUAAUGAUGGGAUUCGUUGGGUUCUUCAUGAAGCUGAUCUUCAUCCCCAUCAACAACGUCUUGUUGGAUCUAUUUAGGAGUUUAUUUACACACCCGAUCCAAUUGCUUCAUGAUCAAUCUUUAACAUAUGAUAAGUUGAAGACAAUGUUGGUGUUCCUUGCUCUAUUUUGAUGGCAGUUUGGUUUGGUGUGUAAUCAUUUCUUCAUAAUAUUCACUAUAGAAGAUGUCAUUUCUAUAGUGGAUUAGUAGAAUAUUUUUUUUUUGGUGCAAGCAAACACAAGGGCAGGUAGAAGGCCGGUGAUUAGUAUGAUUUUAUGUUGUAAACUCAAAGUACGUUUUCUACUAUAUACACGGGUACAUUUUCAAUCCUAAUUGAGAAUUUGGCU